AUCGUCGAUGUCCCUUAAUAUUAGUUUCAGGGGCCUGAACACAGUCGUGAGCAGCCCGGGGAGGAUUAGUGAGCUACCAAGCCACCUCGGGAGCGCUCCCCGUUUCCCCUCCCCUUUUUUUUAUUCCCUUUGGGGUGCGUUUCGUUUGCGGUCGGGCAACCGCCGUGCGGAGCGGUAAACAUGCCGGUGCGUACUGAGCGCUGCUGUAACUCCACGGCCUACAUGUCCUCGGCCUCUCUUGUCCCGCCUCCGCCGAUAAACACCGAGCAGCCGGGCGUUGCGACCUCACUCUUGUACAGUGGUUCUCAGUUUCGAGGGCACCAGAAGAGCAAAGGGAACUCUUACGACGUUGAAGUGGUUCUGCAGCACGUGACAAUGGAGGAUUCGUAUCUCUGCGGUUACCUGAAGAUUAAAGGGCUAACGGAGGAGUACCCAACUCUGACCACGUUCUUCGCCGGCGAGAUCAUCAGCGAGAAGCGGCCUUUCCUGACCAGGAAAUGGGACGCGGACGAAGACGUGGACCGUAAACACUGGGGCAAGUUUCAGGCUUUUUAUCAGUAUGCAAAAACUUUCAACUCUGACGACUUUGAUUACGAGGAGCUGAAAAACAGUGACUACGUCUUCAUGAGGUGGAAGGAGCAGUUUUUAGUCCCCGAUCACACCAUCAAAGACAUCAGCGGGGCUUCAUUUGCCGGCUUCUACUACAUCUGCUUCCAGAGAUCCACAGCUACCAUAGAGGGCUACUAUUACCAUAGAAGUUCAGAAUGGUACCAGUCCCUGAACCUCACCCAUGUCCCAGAACACAGCGUCCCCAUCUACGAGUUUCGGUGACCCCUGCCCUCCCACAGCGCUGGGAGAGAAGGGGACAUUUGGCACCUUUCUGAAGACAAUGUUUAAAGAAAAAAUUAAUGAAGAUUGUCAGCCACGCCCUGCAUGUACCCGCCCCCAGACGGGCAGACGGACGGGUUGAACAGGAGCGGAGCGCUCUGUGAGGGCUGCCGCCAGCAGGUGGCGCUGUGGCGUGGGUGGCAUUAAAAGGGGAGGGGAGAACUGGCGCUUGUCCUCCUCCUCCUCCUCCUCCCUCUGGUUUUGGUGUCUGGGUUUCAGCAGCUUCUGUCCUUGCCCUGAGCUGCCUCUGCCUUUUAUUUUACACUGCAGUGGCCCCCUUCCCCCCUUUCCUCAGUCACUUUAUACACCCCCCCCACCCCCAGAAUGAAAGAUGGAAGCCCAGUCCUGGGUGUUCCUGCAGGAGGAGACAGUCAGGGGUGGGGGGGGGGGAGAGUCUGUUUUUUAUUAAAAGCUUUUUAUCGACAAGACAGGAGGAUUAGCCCUGGCCGCUGUGACGUUAAUGGACCAGCAGGGUGAGUUCAUUGUAUCGGAGCUGCAGCAACUUUUGUGAAUAAAUGUGUACGGGCAAUUCACCCCCCUCCGCCCCCCCCCCCCCCAAACUACCCAUGUGGGAGCUGGAUGGGUGGGCAGGUCUGAAGUCAGAGUAUUUUUUGGAUCCGUGGAUACAGUGGAUUUCGUCUGUGAAAGAGUGAAACCUUUUUAAAAACUCAUUUCCUGCUCAGCUCACCUCUAUGCAACCGGAAAAGGAUUGCCCAGCGAGAAACCAGGCCGCGGUGUCAUCAGGAAUGCAGUUUCGAACUUUCACCAUAACACGAGCAGCAACCAACAGAGUAUUUUAUCAAAUGAGUGUGUGUGUGUGCGUGUGUGUGUGUGAUAUAUGCAGAUAUGGAUAAUUAUAAAGAUACGAGAAAGUUGAGUUUACAUAUAAACAUAUAUUAAUGCAUCAUUUGCCAGGCUGUGGAUGUGAAUGCUACCUUGGAGAGUUCUGUAGUUGUGUGUGUGUGUGUGUGUGUUUUUUUAAACAUGACUGCCUUCUACAGUGCUUUCUUGAUAUUGGCGCGGGUGAGGGUGGGUUGUGGUGCCAGCCGCACGCACAGGAAGACAACCGAACGCUGGCGCGGACUGCGAAGAGUCUGUGCUAAACUGCGCUGUCGCGAAAACCUGUAACGGAACCUGGCGUGCUGCGGUUUCCACGGUGAAGUGGUUUUUACGGUCUCCUGGAACGAGACGGUGUGGAGAAAGUGUCCGCAGUGGCCACAUGCUUCUAAUGACCCCAGCUCACACAGUGGCUGUCAUUUACACGCCGGGCUUUAAGCAACUUUUUUUUGUUGGUCUUAAACAGUAUUUGAAGGAAACUUGCGGUUUUCCGAAAAAGUAUUGUCAAAAAUGGGGAUGAGAGUUUUAUUUUAUGGGAUGAACGAGAGAACAAAACGAAAAGCAUCCUUUCCAGCUUUAGUUGAACCUUCUGCCUUAAAAAGAAAUAACUAAUAUGUUGUACAAAGUACAAUUUUAUGGAUAAUGAGAUUAAACGACCAUUCUCUUAAAAAAAAAAGAUGAAUAAAAAUGCUACUGGCUCAAGAUA